UGCUGGGAACGGACCGCUAGUCGCUCUUCAUUUGUUUGCUACGUGUUGCCCUCGUGUUUCGUUGUUCUGUUGUUUUAAGUCUCGCGUUAGAAUCUGCUGGACUUCGCAGAGUGAAGUGGUGUUGCUUUUAACAUUUAUUGGAAUUAAAAUUUCUCUUACAUAUUUUUUCCGUUUUUUAGUUUAAAAUAAAAAAACGAGCAGUUUCAUUAUAUCGUGCUGUUGUCCACCAUCAUUCUUUCGAAAAUCAUUUUUCUAGACAGAUUAUUGAUCAGCUGCCGAUAUAGUUUCAGAAAUAUUCCAAUUUUUUUUUUAAAUAACUUGACGUGUGAUAUCCAUUUUAAUGCAAAAGUGUAAUAAGUGAAACCAUUGGGGAAGUAGUGACAAGUGUGUUUGGUUUCCAGUCAGCAGUGAUACAUAUUUUUCUUCCUGAGCCAUACUUCUAAAUAAACUGCUCCUCUGGAGUCACUGAGGAAAAAAUCAAGAUCUAUCGCUGCCAGAAAAUGCAGGAAAGUGAAGUUCUCGGAAUGGACGGAUCAUGACAGAGGCAUCACCGACUCCAAAGAUGCCGGGGAAGAUGAAUUCGAGGAACUGGUGGGCUCCCUGUCUCUGACGACGCCGCUACCACACCCGGCGAUACCGCUCAAGGGAUCGAAAGGCGCCAAAAUGGCUGACAAUUAUGACGUAGAGAAUCAGGGGCGCCCAGAGUCGGCGCCGGCCGCCACCACCUGCCUCAUGGAGAAACCUGACAUAGACAAGAAAGUGAAGAGACAUAGUAUCCAUGGAAUGAUGGAGGAGGAGAAUGUUAUCCGCCCCCACCAAGAGAUGGCACAGCUAUCGUUGGACGAAAAGAAGUUUCUGCUUGCUGUGGAGCGUGGUGACGUCGCCUCCACCAGGAGGAUGCUCCAGCGUGCUCAGGAGACAGAGUACAUCAACAUCAACUGUGUGGACCCGCUAGGCAGGUCUGCAUUGCUCAUGGCGAUUGACAACGAGAACCUGGAAAUGGUGGAACUGCUCAUCGAGCACAAGGUCGAAACGAAGGACGCACUCUUGCAUGCCAUUUCCGAGGAGUUCGUGGAAGCCGUGGAAGUGCUCCUGGACCACGAGGAGACCUUGCAUCGGGAAGGAGAACCUCACAGUUGGGAAGCUUUGCCGCCAGACACCGCCACCUUCACACCGGAUAUAACGCCGCUCAUCCUGGCGGCACAUCGCGACAACUACGAGAUAAUCAAGAUCCUGCUUGACCGAGGCGCCACGCUUCCCAUGCCACACGACGUCAGAUGCGGCUGUGACGAAUGCGUUACGUCACGACAGGAGGACUCACUGAGACACUCCCGCUCCAGAAUCAACGCAUACCGCGCUCUGGCGAGUCCGUCCCUAAUCGCGCUCUCCUCGAAGGAUCCCAUUCUGACGGCUUUCGAGCUGUCCUGGGAGCUGAGACGACUCAGCUUCAUGGAGCAUGAGUUCAAGUGUGAAUAUCAGGAACUCAGGAAGCAGUGUCAGGACUUCGCGACUGCGCUGUUGGACCACACGAGGAGCUCCUACGAGCUGGAAGUACUGCUGAAUCAUGACCCCACGGGACCAGCCUUUGAGCACGGCGAGCGGAUGCACCUCAACCGCCUCAAACUGGCCAUCAAACUGAGGCAGAAGAAGUUUGUGGCACACCCCAAUGUCCAGCAACUUCUGGCGUCCAUCUGGUACGAAGGAUUACCCGGCUUCCGGCGGAAGAACAUGGUCCUCCAGGCCCUGGAAAUAGUUCGCAUCGGAAUCGGUUUCCCCGUCUUCUCCGCCAUGUACAUCGUCGCACCGCACUCCAAGUUCGGGCAGACCCUGAGGAAGCCCUUCAUCAAGUUCAUCUGCCACUCAGCGUCAUACUUCACUUUCCUCUUCUUGCUGAUCCUGGCGUCGCAGCGGAUAGAGUCUGUGAUUGGCGACUGGUUCGGUGAUGAGGAACAACGACAUAGUCCCCCGGGGCCCAUCGACGUCAGCACCAAGCGGGGGGCACCUCCUUCUAUCGUGGAGUGCUUCAUACUCGCUUGGGUUUGCGGGCUGAUCUGGAGCGAGGUGAAACAGCUGUGGGACGUUGGUUUGGAGGAAUAUGCGAACGACAUGUGGAAUGUAAUUGACUUCGUAACCAAUUCACUGUACGUGGCUACAGUUGCUCUCAGAGUGGUCGCCUAUCACCAGGUUCAGAAGGAAAUGGCUGCCAAGAUGCAAACUACCGAGCUUCCUCGUGAGGACUGGGAUACAUGGGACCCCAUGCUCAUAUCAGAGGGCCUCUUCUCUGCUGCCAAUAUAUUCAGCUCACUGAAACUAGUGUAUAUAUUUUCUGUGAAUCCGUACCUGGGUCCUCUUCAGGUUUCCCUCAGUCGAAUGGUCCUGGACAUCAUGAAGUUCUUCUUCCUCUAUGUUUUAGUUCUUUUUGCCUUCUCCUGCGGUUUGAACCAGCUGCUGUGGUACUAUGCAGAUAUGGAGAAGCAGCGCUGUCCUAAUGCAACAACUACAUUUGAUCCCAAGAACCCCAGUGACCCAGAUGCAUGUGUUGUGUGGAGACGAUUUGCAAAUUUGUUUGAGACGACUCAGACACUAUUCUGGGCUGUGUUUGGCCUCAUUGAUUUGGACAACUUCGAGUUAGCGGGCAUCAAGAGUUUCACCCGGUUCUGGGGCAUGCUGAUGUUUGGAACUUACUCUGUCAUCAACAUUGUCGUUCUCCUGAACCUCCUCAUCGCUAUGAUGAACCACUCCUAUCAGCUCAUUUCCGUAAGUUCUGAAAGGGCAGAUGUUGAAUGGAAAUUUGCACGGAGUAAGCUUUGGAUCAGCUACUUUGAAGAGGGUGGCAGUGUUCCACCACCAUUCAACAUAAUUCCAACCCCCAAAAGUGUUUGGUACUUUAUACAAUGGCUGCAUCGCAAAUUGUGUGGCCACUCCAGAGCAGCUAAGAAGGAACACAUGAGAACGAUACGGCGGAAGGUGAAACAGGCAAGUGAACGGGACUUUCGCUAUCAGAGUAUCAUGCGAAAUUUGGUCCGGCGGUAUGUGACAGUUGAACAGCGUAAGGCAGAGGGUGAAGGGGUAACAGAAGAUGAUGUCAACGAAAUCAAACAAGACAUCUCAGCGUUUCGUUGCGAGCUUAUUGAGAUAUUGAAGAACUCUGGUAUGAACACCUCCACAGCGUCCGGCACUGGAACAGGGGCUGGAGGAAAGAAGAACCGUCAGAAAGAGCGUCGCUUGAUGAAAGGCUUCAACAUUGCACCAGCGCCAUCAAGCACAACUCAGCUGCCAACUGUAGCUGAAUUCAUGGCCAAUCUGCAGCAGCACCAUGAACACCACGUGUCCACACACCAUCUUCAGGACAUCUUCGGUUCCACAACAUCUGCCAUAUUUGGCAGCAGUCUUGGAUCCAGUUCUACACCAAAGAAGUCACAUCAACACCCUAACAACAACUCCUCGAGCGGUGGUGGAGGAAAUGGAGAUCAUCAUACCCAUCGUGGGGGUUUCGGACGUUUGCCAAGGCUUCAUAUCAAGAGAUCAUCAUCCCAUAAGCGCCGCUGGGGAACGUUAAUUGAGGCUGCAAAGUCAGGGCGGGUUAGUAGAUUGAUAGGCAGGAGUCGAUCGGAAGACUCUGUGUGCAAUAGCCACUGUAGGAAUGAUCACAACAUACAUUGCAGUAAUCACAGCCACAGCAACAGCCCUGCAUCUGAUGACAUCACAGAAUCGCCAUCGGAUUCUAAUCCAAGCUUGGUAGACGCGCCAACACAAACUGUACCCCACAGUGGAAUAGGUAUGGCUGCACUAGCAGCACUUAGGAAAAGGCGAAAGAAAUUCUCAGCUUCUAGAAAUAUGAACAUGGCAGACAGUGGGGGGCAUCCCAUAGCACCCCAAUCAUGUUGUGUCAUGAAGGGAGGGAAGAAGCAGCUUCAGCGGGCGUCCAGUGUUCCUACAAGAGCGUCAGAAGUUGUCACAUUAAUAUCUCACCGCCAUGAACAGACACAGUCACAACAGCACUCAGUAGAAUUAGGUAACAAUGAGACACUUACGCCGUCCACAACUGAGGAAAGUGUAACCGCAUAUUCAACAGGUGUUGGGGGUGGUGUAAGUGUGGGGUCUAAUUCAAGGGAGCCACUUUUAGCUAUGGGAAGUAUGAAUCCUGCUAACCAUAACACAUCAUCGCAAAGUUCUACACAGCAACAGCCGCAGGGCUCGCAAAACAAAUCACAUAAUGGAGCAGUUGUAGUGUUGCCAAACUUGCCAGGAAUUCAACCUGUAAGUGGGCACAAUAUGUCAGCAGGUUGGCUUUGAAGUGUGCAUAUUUGGGUAAGUGAAUUCACUCUGAUGUAGGCACCAGACAGAAGGGGGCAAUUCCAUCUGUUUCAGUUCAUAUUUUGCAGCUUGGAGGCAAAAUUUGCCCCUGAGUACUAUGCUAAUGUUGAGUGAACUGCAGGGUUAUUACAAAUAAGAUAAAUACUUUUAAAAUUGUAUUUUGAACUAACAGUCCAACGAAAGUUGUUUUAGCAUCAGUAGAAACAGUGACUUCAGUUUUCUUAAUUUCGUAAUUAUUCAUUAUGAGCAUAUUGAUAAUUCUGACAUUCAGGUAACACUGAAAUCCACACCAAGCUUUAACAAGAGAUCUUAUUCAGUUGAUAUGUCGUUGUUUCUCAAUAGAGUGAAUGUUUCAAGUCACCAAGCUCAUUUUUUAAGGAUGUAACGUGAACAUUUUAUUUAAGAUAGCCCUGUAGCAGCAGUUUGAUCAGAAGACCUAAGGGUUCUUAUGUCAGGGCUCCCACAGCCAACUUAUUUUCCAGGAAAUGUUUAUAUCCUGUUAAAAUCAUAUCAUAUGAUAUCCUUUUAUAAUACAUCCAUUGCUAAUGCAGUAAACAACGUUUUCCUUGAUUCAGUUUCAUUUGAUUCUAAUGCAACUUUUGUAAGGAAAUUAGUUUCUUCAAAAUAAGUUUUUUAAAAUUGUAUAUUUAUUUUUUUAAAACUGACUGUACUGUCCUGAGCAGCAUUUCUCUAUGAAAGUGUCUCACCUGUACGUUGUCCCGUCCUCAUUUCUCUCCCAGACCAUAUUGUAAUCAAAUUGGCUUGCACAAAUUUGUUAUAUCUCAGUGUUUCUUAACUUUAUUUAGUUGAUGCACCCCUUGAUCUCAGAGUGAAAUUUCCCUUACUCUCAUUAUAAGAAUGAAAAUUCAUGUACCCUUUCUUCAGUGGCAACUUCAUUUUUAUCUCAGAUUACAUGUAACCGGGCAUUAUAAACAUGACGAUAUACAGAGACUUCAUUUAAAAAAAAUGUCAUUUCUUCAAUAUGCAGGAAGAAUUGUACAAAGAAAAUUUUGAGAUGCUAUUUUAUCCCUUUGGGACCUGUGUUUGACAAUGCAUGAAAUAUGUCUUGUGUACCUUUUUGAAGCUUCUAAUACAUCCAGUUUAGAACCUCUUUAUUAUUCGUACGGAAUAGCCCUAAAUGGGGACAAUAAUAAUAAUAAUAAUAAUUUGACAUACAUAAUUGUUACACGGGCACAAUUGGAUAAGUCAGUUGAAAAGAGCCAGUCACUACAUGACAACAACUAUUAAAAAAUGUACAGAACAAUAUACAAGACAAUGUACAAUACAGUACAAUACAGAAUAUGAUACACUGCACUCCCAAUCUUUGAACAAAAUGCAGCAUGUACUGAAGUAUGGCUUGUUUUGAUAUCAAUAUAGGGUAAUGGUACUUCAUGAGAUUUGGAGUUCUCCUAGCAGUGGCUAUGGGAUAUAACAACACGUAGUCUGGUAGCUGACUACUCAGAUUUCAUGUUCUGCCAUACUCCGAGUAUGCCAGGAGUAUGCCAUUGUUCAGGCAUCUUUUCUUCAUAUUGUAAUAAAAUAUUUUCACUUUUCCACAUCAACAUACCACACACAAUUUUAGCUAGGACAGUUCUUUACAAAAAUUAAUAAUUUUGCUAGGUUUGAGGUUCUCACAGAGGUGGCUAUGAAGAUUACUGCCUUCUGGGUUGUGACACUAUACGUAUUGCUGUAUUGUGUGGUAAAUCAUUACCAGCAUUUUGGUGGAGCCUGCUGACUCCAUCUUGAUGGUAGAAGAGGGGUGAGGUGUGUAGAAGAGUGGUUCUUCUUUCCUGAAUGUUGAAGCAGCAGGUCCCUGCAAAAUGCUGGUAACAGUCUGACACAAUACAGUGUCACAUCCAAGAAGAGAGUAAUAUUUCACUAAUUGCUUUGUUUUCAUCUUUCAGAAUUUAGAGGAAGUCAGACAGGCAUGAAAAUUUGUCCAUUCUGUUUCCUCUCAUGUCCUGUUUAUUGGACCACAGCUGUAGCUUUCUGCAUUGUCAGAUAAUAGUUGAAAAUUGUGAGAAAUAAGAUCCUAGGAAGAGACCAUAUUAUUUA